AUGUCUGCACAAGCCAUAGCACGCUGGAAUGCAAUCCCAGCGACCCGCGAGGGAAAUGAAGAAGCGUACGAUGCGAUUCGGGGAGUUAAGCGCACCAGAAACGACGAACACUCGGACUCUGACGGGGAUGUAUCGAUUGUCUCACGCACACCCUCACCGCCACCACCGGACGAGAUGGAGAUUGAUCAGUACGAUGAGUAUCAUUCUGCGCUGCCUAGGGAGACCAUCACCGUCGAAACACGCAUCAAAAACACGAAUAAGGGCUUUGCAAUGCUCGCCAAACUUGGUUGGGCUGAGGGAAUGCCCCUCGGCGUCUCUGGAGAAGGGCGCGUGGACCCGGUGCCAUUCUACGUCAAGAACGACCUGACGGGUUUGGGCAAGAUGAGCCAAGACGUGGAAAUGAUCGAGUCCACAGUCUCGCAACGACGCAAUCUCGACUCUGAGCGACAUCUCAGGGAAACACAAGAGCAACGUCGCGAGCGCGAGGACACUGUUGCCCGGCGCGAGGACAUCAAAACGGAAUUGGCCUCGACGCUCCGCCCAUUUUACUGCGAUGUCUGUGACAAGCAGUUUCAGAAUGUCGCGCAGUACGACGAGCACACUAAUUCCUACGCCCAUCAUCACAAGAUUCGCUUCCGCGACAUGCAGGCCACGCAACGCACGCAGGCUGCUGCUCAGGGCGCGGUCGACGCGCGGCGAGAGAAGGAGCGCAAACGCGAGGAGAAGGAACUCAAGAAGCUGGCCAAAGCUCAUGGGAUAAAGAUUGCGGCACACACUAUACCGAACGCAACAGCCUCAUCUUCGACCGCAUCUAUCGCACCUGCGGAAAAGCCUAAGGCAGGUAGCGGGUGGGCCGCUGUAUCUGCGCCGGCAGCACCAGUGCCGCCUCGUUGGAGCUCCGCUGUAACGCCUGAUGCUCAAUCCGCACCCGCGUUCCGCACGGGUGGAUGGUCAAGCCUUGAUGAUCCAGCGACCCAAGCGCAUGGGCCGACAGCUGUUAUCCAUGCCCCCUCACCGCCUUCUGGUGGCGAGGAUUCUCGCCUGCCGCUCUUGACAGGUCCAAAUAGCGCUGUACGUGGAGCUGAGCGCUCAGAUGCUAAACUGGCAACUGGGUCCGCGAACAUGUCGCUUGCAGCUCCAGUUCCUGUGGGUGGUUUUCGAAGUCUGACAGCGCCUACUUCAUCUACGGGGGCGUCAUUGACAAGUGAUGCUUCUUCUACGGCGCUUCAUUCUGUGAAUCCGAUUCUGGGAAUUGUCCCGGCGACCUCUUCAGGCUCAACCCCAGCGCUCGACCCCUACGAUGCGGCAGCGAAGAAGACAGGGAAUGGGAAGAAGAAGGCGAAGAAGGAAGAGGCCGCUAUUCGCGAACAGAGUCGCUCUGGUUGGCAGUCGUUUCAACGCGGUGGCAAGCGCUGA